AUGGGCUCCAAAACAUAUGAAGGCGAGGGCCAGAGACGCGAUGACCCGUCCAACUCAACCAGUCCCAAUUCUGCUGGCGGAGAGCCGCGAGGCGCUCAUCUGUCCCGGGACGGCGACGGCAGUUUGGGGGAUGGCGAUGGGGAUGACGGCGCCGAUGGAGACGAUAAGGAUGGCGCCGUUGCCGCCACCUCAUUAACCCAACAACAGCCUUCGUCGGAAACGACCGGGAAGAAAAAGAAACGAAGAAAGCCCAAGAAGAAAACCUCGGCAUUACAGCAGUCCUCGCCGCCACGGGUCCCAUUGGAUGACCUUUUCCCCACGGGCCAGUUCCCAGUCGGCGAGAUCCACGAAUAUGGACCCGUCGUCGAGGGUACAGCUCGCACGACGGCCGAGGAAGUCCGAUACCUGUCUCGGAAUCAUCUUCAGGAUGACAGUGUCCUCAAUGAUUAUCGCAAGGCAGCAGAGAUACAUCGUCAGGUCCGACACUGGACUCAGGAGACCGUUCGACCUGGCCAAACUCUCACGGAGAUUGCCGUGGGCAUUGAGGAUGGCGUGAGAGCGCUACUGGACAAUGCUGGCCUCGAGACUGGGCAGUGUCUCCAGUCGGGAAUGGGAUUUCCCACUGGACUCGCUUUGAACGAUUGCGUUGCGCAUUACACGCCUAAUCCGGGCCAAAAAGAUAUCGUCUUGCAAGCAAGCGAUGUGAUGAAGGUGGACUUUGGUGUCCAUAUAAAUGGUUGGAUUGUUGACAGUGCGUUCACAAUGUCAUUUGACCCAACCUAUGACAAUCUACUUGCCGCCGUUAAGGAUGCUACGAACACCGGUAUCAAGAAUGCUGGAGUCGAUGUUCGUAUCAGCGAUGUCAGUGCUGCCAUCCAAGAGGCGAUGGAAAGCUAUGAGGUUGAAAUCGGCGGCAAGGUGUUCCCUGUGAAGCCGGUACGCGAUAUUAGUGGGCAUAAUAUCAACCGUUAUCAGAUUCACGGUGGGAAGUCAAUUCCAUUUGUGAAAAAUUCCUGCCAAACGAAGAUGGAAGAGGGGGAGAUCUUUGCCAUCGAAACAUUUGGCUCGACGGGUCGUGGCUCUACAGUGGAAGGCUUCGGCGUCUACGGGUAUGGAAAAGACCCGAACGCACCGAAGAGGGUGGCGUCCCCUCUCGCCUCGGCCAGAUCUCUGUAUAAGACGAUCAACGAUAAUUUCGGCUCGAUUGUCUUCUGUCGCCGCUACCUCGAACGGCUUGGAGUUGAGCGCUAUCUAGCUGGUAUGAACAGUCUUGUAAACAAUGGGAUUGUGGAGCAAUACGCGCCUCUGAUGGAUGUGAAGGGAUCAUACUCGGCACAGUUUGAACAUACGAUAUUGUUGCGAGAGUCAUGCAAGGAGGUGAUCAGCCGUGGAAGUGACUAUUGA